AUGUCAUCUUCAAGACAUAGUUCAGGGCGAUCAAAGCACAUUGCUAGAGUUAUAGCUCAGACAACUGUAGAUGCUAGGCUCCAUGCAGAUUUUGAGGAGUCAGGUAGUUCUUUUGACUACUCGUCUUCGGUGAAAAUUUCUGGGAUGGCUAGCAGAGAUCAACAACCUAAGUCUGACAAAGUAACAACAGCUUUCCUCCAUCAGAUACAAAAAGGCAAGCUGGUCCAGUCUUUUGGAUGCUUGUUGGCCCUUGAUGAGAAAACCUUCAAAGUGAUAGCCUACAGUGAGAAUGCUCCUGAAAUGCUCACAAUGGUUAGUCAUGCAGUUCCAAGCAUUGGAGAAGAUCCUCGUGUCGGCAUUGGAACUGAUGUCAGAACUAUCUUUUCCGGCACUAGUGCUGCUGCAUUGCAAAAGGCUUUGGGUUUUCGAGAAGUUUCUCUCUUUAAUCCUAUUUUAGUCCACUGCAGAGCUUCUGGAAAACCUUUCUAUGCAAUUGUCCAUAGGGUAACUGGUGGCUUGAUUGUGGACUUUGAGCCUGUGAAGCCUUAUGAAAACCCCAUGACUGCUGCUGGGGCACUGCAAUCUUACAAGCUUGCAGCCAAAGCAAUUAACCGUUUGCAGUCUUUGCCCAGUGGCAGCUUGGAAAGGCUUUGUGAUACUAUGGUUGAAGAGGUUUUUGAACUCACUGGUUAUGACAGGGUGAUGAUGUAUAGAUUUCAUGAUGAUGAUCAUGGUGAGGUCUUCUCUGAGAUAACAAAGCCAGGGCUAGAACCUUAUCUUGGUUUACAUUACCCAGCAACAGAUAUUCCUCAAGCUGCACGGUUUUUGUUCAUGAAGAAUAAGGUUCGCAUCAUAUGCGAUUGUCAUGAAAAGAAUGUGAAAGUGCUUCAAGAUGAGAAACUUUCUUUCGAUCUAACCUUAUGUGGUUCAACCCUCAGGGCACCACACAGUUGCCAUUUAGAGUAUAUGAAGAAUAUGAACUCUAUUGCUUCCCUGGUUAUGUCUAUUGUAGUCAACGAGGGGGAUGAAGAGGGAGACAGCUCUGAAUCUGCACAGCUACAAAAGGGGAAGAGGCUUUGGGGGUUAGUGGUAUGUCAUAAUACAGCUCCAAGGUUUGUUCCCUUCCCUCUUCGCUAUGCAUGUGAAUUUCUUGCUCAAGUGUUUGCUAUACAUGUCAACAAGGAGUUAGAAUUGGAGAAUCAGAUUCUUGAGAAGAAUAUUCUGCGUACUCAGACUCUUCUGUGUGACAUGCUGAUGCGAGAUGCACCCCUUGGUAUUGUGUCUCAGAGCCCAAAUAUAAUGGACCUUUUGAAAUGUGAUGGGGCUGCCCUAUUAUACAAAAAUAUGAUUUACAAAAUGGGAAUAACUCCAUCUGACUUCCAGCUGCAUGACAUAGUCUCAUGGCUGAAUGAGUACCAUAUGGAUUCCACAGGUUUGAGUACAGAGAGUUUGUGUGAUGCUGGAUUCCCAGGGGCUCCUGCUCUUGUUGAUGUAGUAUGUGGGAUGGCAGCUGCGAGGAUAACAUCUGAUUGCAUGCUUUUCUGGUUCAGAUCUCACGUGGCUGCAGAGAUUCGAUGGGGUGGUGCAAAGCAUGAACCAGCAGAGAAGGAUGAUUGCAAGAAGAUGCACCCAAGAUCGUCAUUUAAUGCUUUCCUUGGAGCCAUUAAAACAAGAAGUCCACCAUGGAAGGACUAUGAGAUGGACGCAAUCCACUCCUUGCAGCUUAUCUUGAGGAAUGCUUUUAAAGAUUCUGAAACUGUAGAUUCAAACAUGAAUUCUACCCUUACAAGGCUCAAUGACCUUAAAAUUGAAGGGACAGAGGAACUGGAAGCAGUGACUAAUGAGAUGGCUCAUCUGAUUGAAACAGCUACAGCACCAAUCUUGGCAGUUGAUGUAGAUGGGCAGAUCAAUGGGUGGAAUAUGAAAAUUGCUGAGUUGACUGGGCUGCCUGUUAAUGAAUCAAUUGGGAGAGAUUUUCUCUUACUCGUGGAAGACUCUUCAGUUGAUAAAGUGAAGAAGAUGUUAUAUGCGGCAUUGCAGGGCAAAGAGGAGAAAAACAUCCAAUUUGAGAUUAAAACACAUGGAUUCAGGAUGGACUCUGGCCCCAUCAGCUUAGUUGUGAACACUUGUGUAAGCAGGGAUUUUCGAGAGAAUAUCACAGGGGUCUGUUUUGUGGCACAAGAUAUCACUAGGCAAAAGACAGUUUUGGACAAGUUCAUCAGAAUUGAAGGUGAUUACAAGGCUAUUGUCCAAAACCCCAACCCUUUGAUGCCCCCGAUAUUUGGAACAGAUGAAUUUGGCUGGUGUAAUGAGUGGAACACAGCCAUGGCAAAGGUAUCUGGGUGGGAUAGAGAAAAGGUUAUGAAUAAAAUGCUUCUAGGUGAGGUUUUUGGGAUCAAUUCAGCAUGCUGCCGGCUCAGGAAUCGAGAGGCGUUCAUAAAUCUUGGUAUUGUGCUGAACAGUGCAAUGACUGCUCAGGAUUCAGAAAAGAUUUCUUUUGGUUUCUUUUCACGGAGUGGGAAGUAUGUAGAGUGUCUACUUUGUCUGAGCAAGAAAUUAGAUAGAGAGGGUGCUGUCACAGGCCUAUUUUGCUUCUUGCAGUUAGCUAGUCAAGAACUGCGGCAGGCUCUGCAUCUUCAGAAAUUGACAGAACAAACGGCAUUGAAGAGAUUAAAAUUAUUAGCAUACAUUAGAAGACAGACCCAGAAUCCCCUUGCAGGGAUUAUAUUCUCUCGGAAGAUGAUGGAAGAAACAGAUAUAGGAGAAGAACAGAAAAAGCUCCUGCAUGUCGGUGCCCAAUGCCAAAAUCAGCUAAAUAAAAUUCUUGAUGACACAGAUCUUGAUUGCAUCAUCGAGGGGUAUUUGGAUCUUGAAAAUGCGGAGUUUACACUGCAUCUAGUGUUGCUUGCUUCCAUUAGUCAAGUAAUGACAAGGAGCAAUGGGAAGGGAAUUCGAAUAGUUAAUGAGGUGGCAGAAGAUAUCAUGUUUGAACCCUUAUAUGGAGACAGUCUAAGGCUUCAACAGGUCCUGGCUGAUUUCUUGUCCACAUCAGUGGAUUGUAUGCCUGACGGAGGUGAGCUAGGUGUUGCUGCUAGUUUGGCCAGGGAUCAUCUGGGAGAAUCCAUUCAGCUUGUGCACUUGGAAUUCAGGAUAACACAUUCUGGAGGUGGCGUGCCACAAGAAUUAUUGAGCCAGAUGUUUGGAGAUGAAGCGGAUGCAUCUGAAGAGGGGAUCAGCCUGCUUGUAAGCAGAAAACUGGUGAAGCUCAUGAGUGGUGAUGUUCAAUAUCUGAACGAAGAAGGCAAGUCCACUUUCAUUAUAUCUGUUGAACUUGCUGCUGCAGCCAGUAAGCCUCGGGUUUGAACGAUUUUCCAUGGAAGAGGACUACCCACUCCUUGUUCCCUCGAAGAGAUGGAACUCAAUACUGCAGUUUACCUAGCCAUGGCGGUAAUCUUUGACUCAUUUAAGUUGUUUUGAGUUUCUCUUUUUCCUCUUCAGAUAACAGUUAUUUUGGGUUGCAAAUAUGUAAUCUUGUGGAUCUUUAAUGGUGUUUGAAACAGAGCCGUUGCUCUGACUCAUAGAGGUCCAAA